AUGGAAGACUCUACAGCCACUGUUUCCAUCACCGCAGAAGACGUGCUGGCUGAUCCAGAUUCCCUGCUGAACCACUUCUGCUACUGCAUGGCACGACGACCACACUCCACCCCGGCCCAAACCAGCGCGGCCCUCCUCACCAUCUGGAACAGCCUGGGCGACGACCUGAGGCAGACACACCUCAGGCGCCCGGGCCCCCACGAGACCAUGCGCUCGUACGAAGCCGAGAUCCAGCGCGCCGUCGAGUCGGUCCGCAGAUACGCCGAGAUUCUCCGCCGGCUCGAGACCGCGCUGCUCCGCGCGGACCGUCUCCGGGCCCAGAUUGCGCGGAUCGAUGCGCAGAUCGAGGCGCGCUUUGGCAUGAUGCACUCGGAACUUCUCGCUUCUUCUUCCACUUCUUCUUCGGCGGCGGCGACGUCCACGACAACACUGGUGGCUGAUGAUGAUGCCCCGCAGGGCGACAACUAA